AUGCCUGAAGCAAAGGAUAAGUCAAAGGUGCACAAACUGUCCAUCAAAGGAUCGGCGAAGCUUGUGUCCGAAUUCUUCGAAUAUUCAAUCAAUUCGAUCCUUUUCCAACGAGGUGUCUAUCCCCCAGAGGAUUUCAUGACGAUUAAGAAAUAUGGCCUCAAUAUGCUCGUAUCGGCCGACGACCAGGUCAAAGCCUACAUCAAGAAGAUCAUGUCGCAAUUGAAUAAAUGGAUGCAGGGAGGCAAGAUUUCCAAGCUCGUGGUGGUUAUUACAAGCAAGGAGACUGGAGAACAUGUGGAAAGAUGGCAAUUCGACGUUGAAAUCUUCGGCAAGCACUCCAAGAGCAAGAGUGCCCAGAAGUCUACUGACAAGGAGAAUGCUACACCCGGAGAUGCGGAUCCCCAAGCACCCGAGCCUAUCGAGAAGAACGAGAAGCAAAUUCAGGAGGAGAUCCAAGCUAUUUUCCGCCAGAUUACUGCCUCUGUCACUUUCCUCCCUGUCCUGGAUGGCGAUUGCACCUUUAACGUCCUCGUCUACGCCGAUGCCGAUUCAGAUGUGCCUGUGGAAUGGGGUGACAGUGAUGCUAAGGAGAUUAAAAAUGCCGAGAAGGUUCAAUUGCGCAGUUUUAGUACCAACAACCACCGAGUCGGAACUCUGGUUAGCUACCGCUUGUCUGAUUGA